CUUAUCGACUUCGACUUCGACAACACCUGCCUCGACGUCAGACUGUCGUCUUCGGGAUUCACAUUGUUGAUUAAUCAAGCUACAUUUAGCCUUUUCGAAGGUAUACCGGAAGUUCUAUUCAUUGAGGACCGGCUACAACACUGCGCAAGACUACCUUUUACUGGAGGUGGAUAUGUUAGGCACGGUCAAGGUGGAUUUUGGAGGGAUUGUGUCUUGCGCUAUGCUGCAGAGCGCACAACCCAUCACACGCCACGCCACCUGCGCCUAUGUUGAUGCCCGCCACCUCACUGCAUCCCCUCUCACUCGCUUGCUGUUCUUGCCGGCUGGCUUUUGCUGGCUCGCUUGCCAGUGCUUUGCGCAUUGCGCGAUUGAGGACAUCAUUUGGAAGAACUACCAUCAUUUUCGUCCUCUCACCUUUGGGUUUGACGCUUGUGCUUCAGGGCUAUCACAAACAAUCCUGAAGUCUUCCCCGAACCACACAGGUUUAAUCCUCAGCGUUGGAUUGAUGAUGCAGGUCGCACGCGAUGAUCUCCGGUUGAUCUCCGGUUUUUCACUUUUGGCUUUGGCCGUCGAGUGUGUCCUCACGAAUUGGUCAGUCUUCAUCAAUAUGGCUCUCAUCAUCAUCACAAUUUUUUCUGAAGCGCCGGCCACGUCAGCAUCUUCAGCAGCUACAGAGGCAGAGGGGUAUGGAGUCAUCAUUAGAGUAGCUACUCGAUGUGUAAACUAGUAUUUCAAUGUUUUGUUUUUCGCGCUUGCCACUGAAAAUUUUCGGGUUCGGUUCGAGUUCGGACCAGAAAAAAACUGAACCGGACCACAGAGAACCGUUCUCUGUGGUCCGGUUCGGGGUUCGAAGAUUUU